GUAACUCGUUCACCAACCACUCUUUUCUCUUUGGAUAUUCGAGGCUGUCGUGACUCGAGACAUGCUUUAGAUUCAAAGCUAACAAACACCAAAUCGAUGAGCUCUUCUCCGAUUCUUCGCGCCGCCAACCACGCAGCUUCGUCGGAGAUGCUGAGCCCACUCUCCCAUGUUCGUCGAAUCAAUCAGUUAGGGUUUCUUCUGAUGUAAAAAAAAAAAACCAGAGCUUUUCCUCUUUGAUGUAGAGCUCGCUCAGUGCUUUCAAAAUCCGGAUUCUAGCCCAUCCGGUGUUGCUACCAUGUCAGCCUCUUGCUGCCACACUUUCUCUCACAUCCCUUCGCUUUUCUCACCUCCCAAUUGUAGGAGUAGGGUCUUGAAACUCUCGAAAGCCUCAGUUCCACUCAAUCGGACCUCGGGCGGGUACAAUUCUUCCUCUUCCAAGCCUUUCAGAAACAAAUGGAGAUUUUCAUGCUUUAGGCAGGGAGACACUUCGUCAGAAUUUCUUCGGGCAGAGUCCACGGAAGAUAAACUGCCAGAGGAAUUGGUGAACCCCCAGUUUGACCAAUCAAAUGUUGUGAAGAGUGAUUGGAUUUCGAAUCUUAGAAAGGCUACCAAAAGUGUUUUUGGUGCAGAACCUUGGACAGUGCCAUGGAAGGCAAGGACUAUUGUGCAGGUAAUGCUCCUCUGGAUUGCCUCGUUCUGGUUGGUUGGAUCUUGGAUAGUUCCAUUCCUAGCUCAUGCCACAGGUUACAGAAAGGAGUCUCUUUCAUACAGAGGGCAAGCCUUGUACAGCCUUUUGACGGAUGUGGCUGAAGGUCUUGCUGGGUGUGUCAUUCUCCAUCGCUGCCUUGCACGGUUCCGUCCCCUUCCAUCUGGCUGGUUCAGGUUUAGUUUCAAAGGGAAAUGGCAGUUUGAUGUCGGCUUGGGCUACCUCUUGUUUCCUCUGGUCAACCGGCUCUCACAGGUCAACCUAAAUCUGUUGCCCAUUCUUCCCUCUACACCUGUGACUGUCUCAAAUGUAGAGCAAUCAAUUGUUGCACGGGAUCCAGUGGCAAUGGCCCUUUAUGCAAUAGUGGUUUCAGUUUGUGCUCCUGUUUGGGAGGAGAUUGUAUUUCGGGGGUUUCUUCUGCCUUCCUUGACCAGGUGGCUUCAACAGUCGUGAUUACUAUUAAGCAUGCACUGAUGAGUGUUGCCUAAGUGACGUUGACAACUUUAGCGUGCUUCCUAGUACUUGGGAGUGUGUCGGUGGUUCUUCAGAUGGUGGUAGGUGGUGUCAGCCAGAGAAUGCCUUGUGGUAAUUCCUUCUCGGGGACUGUGUAUGCGUCUACUGGUGGCUUACCUUGACGACCACCGUCUGAUGUAAACUUUUGGUUUGAGGCCAAUUGGCGAGGUACGCAAGAAGUUAUGGACCAUAUCCAUCACAUACCAAUGUCCAAGUUCAGAUCCGAGUCCAAGGCAUCUUUCGGCAAAACCUCAAUGUUUACUAGUAAAUUAAAUUGUUUCCUAUACACUUGCUAGAAACUGUUUGAUAUGGGAGAAUUUAAGCAACAGGUAAAAGGAUUGUAAUGUAGCUUUAGCUUGUGGAAUUGGACCCAACACAUUACCAACUGGGGCUAGA